AUGCCGGAGACACUCAAUUAUAGUAACUUUGAUAAUCUACUAGAAAUACAUCAGGAAGACUUUGUGGGACUUCUCCUAGCUGAAUCAGGGAACGGUGAUUCCGUCAUCGCAACGGCUCGCAUACCAGCGCAGCUUGCGUGGCUGACUCAAAAAUAUGGCCCCGACCGGAUACUUCCCGUUGCCCUUGAUGUAACAGACCAUGACCAAGCUAUAUACGCUGUCAAGGCUGGCCAUGCGAGAUUUGGCCGGAUCGAUGUUGUCAUCAAUAAUGCCGGCUAUGCAAACACAGCUUCGGUUGAGGACAUUGAGAUCGAAGACUUUUCUUCUCAUUCUUCGAGAGCAAAGUCUGGCCAUAUCUUCCAAGUCUCGUCCCUUGGUGGACGAAUAGGUGCAAUCGGUCUUUCUGCUUAUCAAUCGGCCAAAUGGGCUGUUGGUGGCUUUUCGACGGUCCUUGCCAUGGAAGUAGCGUCCCUUGGUAUCAAAGUUACUGUUCUUGAGCUUGGUGGUAUGAGAACUGAUUGGGCUGGAUCAUCUAUGAAGAUACACCCCGUGAGCGAACCCUAUAAAAGCUCCGUCGGAGCCUUCAUUGAAGCCCAUCGGAACUCACCUGGAACCGAGCCAUCUGUCCCGAGCAAAGUUGCGGACAUCAUUCUCCAGCUUUUGGAUGAAGCUGAGCCACCCCUGCGCCUUCUUAUCGGCCCCGAUGCUGAAGACCCUCGACCAGAUUUCGCAAAUUUCAAGUAUUUGCAGUUGUAUCCUUCUGGUCUCUUUAUCUACUACGGAAACAAACAUGGACCGCCGCUUCUUCGCAUCAUUUCCAAACGCUUCGCAAACAGAUUGACAACCUGGCAGACAACCACCAUAAUUUUUCUGUGCCUAUAUGUCAGUCGCAACUUUGCCAAGAUUGUCGGGCUCGAAUGUCCAGAGCCCCUAGCCAACCUUUAUUCGAGGUCUUUCUUCCGGGCGACAUGGAUUGCAACUGGGUUGGAUGCGGGCUUUUGGACAGCAAUGUCCAUCAAGCCCAAGUGGUUGCGAGAUAUCGCUUCAUUGGUCUUUACAGUUUACUACUUGAUUGCGGCGGAGCAGGCGGACGAAAAAGUGCGGCGAGUUCGGGCAACAUUGACCCUUGAGCAUAUGCGCAUCUCUUGGAACAAAGCGACCAGUCCGUAUUUAUGGGCCAUGGCGAGUUUGAUUCGUCCACGAAUGACUCGAUAUCCACCACGAGCUAUCCGCAUCCCUCGUCCAAAGCAAUCGGUGCACAGUGACCCUGUUAGUGCGUGGUUAUACUUUGACGGGCCUUUGAACGCAUUAAAAGAGCAGACAUGCGUCGUUCUGGAUGUGCCUGGUGGUGGCUUUGUUGCCAUGAGUCCCCGCAACUCCGAAGAUAAGCUUUUAUCAUGGGCGGGGCAGUUGAAAGUGCCCGUCCUCAGCAUCGAUUACAAGAAAGCGCCGGAAUACGCAUAUCCAUAUGCACUACACGAGUGCUAUGAUGUCUACCAUACCAUCAUUGCUACCAAGGGUCGCUGUGUUGGAUUGAGCGGCUCAACCCGCCCAAGAAUCGUUGUCACAGGCGAAAGUGCAGGGGGGAACCUGGCUGUUAGUAUGACGUUGAUGAUUCUCCAGACCUCCGCAGCUCAAGGCUGGCGGAAUGAGGAGGGUCUCCCUCGACCUGAUGGGCUGGUGUUAGCCUAUCCAGCACUGAAUGUGAGAGUGGAAAGUUGGAUGACAGACGAACAGAUGGCCUUGAUCCAAGAUAAGAGUUCGCGGCAGAAGAACCCGAAUGUGUUACGGCAAAAGCAUGACCAUUAUCGGAAGCUCACCCCCUUUACCUCACCUGGCCGUUCAGUUGAAGAUUUAACCUCCAUGUCCCCUCCAAAACAAGCAGAUGCCAAAGAGGAAACCGAUAUAGCAUCCGAGGCUGCCAAGGCGCUUCGAGACAAACUGAAAAAGAACGAGGAGCUGAACGGCGAAUCGAAUCAAAUCACAAAUGGCGAGGUCCAGCCACUCAAGACUCGGCUGGCAGUCUCAUCAAUGAUCUCUUAUGUACACGACAGAAUUCUCACCCCGGAAAUGAUGCGAGCUAUGAUCAUUCUAUACAUUGGGCCGCAUCAGCGACCGGACUUUAACACCGACUUCUUGUUAUCUCCAGUCCUUGCUCCGGAUGCAUUACUGUCCCGGUUUCCCAAGACGUACAUUUUCACUGGCGAGCGCGAUCCGCUAGUUGACGACACAGUCAUUUUCGCUGGCCGGCUGCGUCAAGCAAAGCUGCAGUAUUUCCAGGAGCGUCAAGACCUUGGACUGGAAAAGUCUCGGCGUCAAUUUCGAGAAAAAGAUCACGUGGAAGUAUCCUUGAUACCCGGGGUUUCACAUGGCUUUAUUCAAAUGGCGGGCUUUUUUCCGGAUGCGUGGAAGUACAUCAAGCGCAGUGCAUCAUGGAUCGAGGCACUCUUUGAGACUGCAGAGCUGCAUGAAUCCGAAUACAGUCUUCUUCAGAUGUCCGCUAGCUCGGGAAUGAACGCAUCUCAAAGAAUGAAGGGCUUGUCUAAGAGUAACGGAAGCUUGAAAGGCCAUCAGAAACAUCACUACCGUCAUCCGACAGGAGAGUCUUCUGCGGAUGAGGAUAGGCCACUUGAAAUAGGUAUGACAAGGAUGAACUCAUUGUCGUUGUCUUCGUCAGACCUGGCAGUCCGUCGGAAGAAGUCUCGCUCUCCCUUUGCUUCUUCCCGACUGGCUGGAUUCACAAGCUUGGAGGAUGAGCCUGCACCCGAUGCGGACGGCAGUUUCCUUGCGAGACUCAAGCACCUGGAUAUGAAGUAUAAUUAUCACGAUCAUAUUGAUCCGGAGGAUAUAAACAGCGCCCCCGAGAGCCCUUCUGCUUUUCGUUCCCGACACAGGAGCAUUUCCUCUCUUGGUAGCGAAGAAGAUAUCUUGGAUCGUCGCAUGAAUGGUAUAGCUGGAGGACUGAUGGGUUUAGGUGAGGGUGCGCAGACACCGGGGCCAUGA